AUGAAGCUUGGCGAUUUGAUUCCAAACUUUUCCGCGACGACGGAUCGUUCCAAGUUCGAGAGUUUCUACGACUGGGUCGGCGAAGAAAAGUAGGAAUUUCGUUCUUUUUAUUUCAUGAAACAUUUUUCAAACUUUAGUUGGUCAAUGGUUUUCUCCCAUCCGGCUGAUUUCACACCGGUUUGCACUACAGAGCUGGCGGAGCUUCGUAAUUUGUCCGGCGAGGUAUAUAAAGGUUAUUUUGAGGGAGAUUUUAAAUUUUUUUUUAGUUUGCAAAGAGAAACGUGAAGAUUCUGGCUGUCAGUAUUGACACGCCUCAAACUCAUCGUGAAUGGGCGAAAGAUAUCAAUGGCUUUGCUAAAGUUGAUCAAGAUACAGGUUUUUCAAUAUUCAAUUUUUUUUGAAGUUUUAAAUUUAUUUUUAGAGCUUCCAUAUGAAAUAAUAGCCGACGAGGAUCGUUCACUUUGUGUUGAUCUGGGAAUGAUUGAUCCUGAUGAGAUUAAUGCGGCGGUAAGUUUUUUAAUAAUCAAAAAAUCGUAAAAUUCAUGAAUAUUCUUCAAAAAAUAAUGCAAAAAACAGAAGAAAUAAACGUAGAAAAUAAAAAAAAACCUCUUUUUAAAAAUAAAAAAAUGCAGGAAAACGUUAUUAAAAUUCUUUCAAAUGAGAUUCUGACUGAUAAAAUGCUAAAUUGAAGCUAAUUUUCCAGGGAGUCCCGGUUUCCUGCCGCGCAGUCCUCCUAAUCGGCCCGGACCAUCGGCUAAAGGCCCAGAUUCUCUACCCGGCGACGGUCGGGCGCAACUUUGAGUAAUAAAAAUUGUCAAAAAAUGAAAUAAUCACUGAAUUUUUCAGGGAAAUCAUCCGGCUGAUCGACGGCGUACAGCUCGGUUAUAAUGUGCCGGUAAACAAAUUUUUUUGGAUAAAUUCACUGAAUUUUUCAGAUAAUCAGUAGCUUAUAAUUUGAUAAAUAAUAUAUUUAUUGAAUUUUUAGUUCAUCGAAAAAAAAAUAAUAAUAAAUUCAAGGUUGCCACGCCGGUCAACUGGAAAGCAAGGAGAUCCGGUUUUCGCGCAGCCAACUCUUUCUGACCAAGAUGUGGUUCGUGUUUCAGUCUCUUUAUAAAUUGAAUAUUGUUUUUUUUUUCAAUAAUCAAUGUCGUGGUACUAUUGCCGUGUUCAAAGUAAUUUCCGCGAAAUGCGAAAUGGUCUCUGACCCUCCAAAAUUCAGUUAUCUUUCUCUUUCUCUGACGGCUAUUUUGAAUUUCGCGGAAUCACUUUGAACACGGCAUAUGACUGAUUUCAAAAAAUUGAUUCCGCGAAAAAGAUAACUAUAAUUUGGAGAAUCAGAGAUAAUUUUGAAUUUUGCAGAAAUUACUUUGAAACAUGGUAUGAGAUAGUGGUCUUUGGUUCAAACAAAAUUUAAUUUGAACAAAAAAAAUUCAUUUUUUUAGAUAUUUGAAAAAAAGUAAAAGUCGAUGAGGAGUCUUUUUCAUCUAGUCUAUGAAUAUUUGAGUAAAUUUUUAUAGAAUUACGAUUUUUUUAAGAACCUUUUUAUAUAGCAGAAUGCAUUUUUCGGAUUGGGUUGAGAGUGCAGAAAAAAAACCUUGAUAAAUCGAAAAAAAAAAAUAAUGAACAACUUGGAAUUCCGGCUUCAAAUUCAUGUUUUAAUCAAAAUCAACAAAGAUGUUUCGUUGUUUCCUUCUUUUCUUCAUUCUCCAAAUAGUUUUUAUGCUGUUGAGAUAGACCAGCCGUGCUAAAACGGGCGUACCCGCCUUAUGCCCGUUUAAAAACAACGGGCAGAACUUUUGGGCAUAUUACUCUUGAGACACCGUAUCAGCCCGGUAAGGUCACAGAUUUUUGAAAUAAAAACACCUGGUGAAUCUGCUUUUUUUUCGCCCGUUUUUUGCCCGUUGAAGCCCAACUAAGACUCAGAUACCCGUGAGAAAAAACACGAAUCUAUACGGGCGUACCCGCCUUAUGCCCGUUUAAAAACAGCGGGCAGAACUUUUGACAUUUUGUACCUCAGCUGAGGCACCGUUUUAGCCCGGUAAAGUCACAGAUUUUGGAAAUAAAAAUAUUUUUUUGGGCCAACUGUUUUUUUUUUGCGCCCGUUUUUCACCCGUUUAAGCCCAACUGAGGCUCAAAUACCCUUUAAAAAUACGGGUAGGGCCAUCAUGAUAUCCGCGAAAAAAAAAAACACGAAUUUAAUAGCGGGCGUACCCGCCUUAUGCCCGUUUAAAAACAACGGGCAGAACUUUUGGGCAUAUUACUCUUGAGACACCGUAUCAGCCCGGUAGGGUCACAGAUUUUUGAAAUAAAAACACCUGGUGAAUCUGCUUUUUUUUCGCCCGUUUUUUGCCCGUUGAAGCCCAACUAAGACUCAGAUACCCGUGAAAAAACAAACACGAGUUUAAUACAGGCUCUCAGCGGGCGUACCCGCCUUGUGCCCGUUUAAAAACAGCGGGCAGAACUUUAUUGAACUUCUUAUCACUGUUGAGGCCCGGUUUUAGCCCGGUAGGGUCACAGAUUUUUGAAAAAAAAAACACCUGAGAAAUCUGCUUUUUUUUCGCCCGUUUUUUGCCCGUUUUUGCCCAACUGUGACUCAGAUAUGCGUGAAAAAACGAACACGAGUUUAAUACCGGCUCUCAGCGGGCGUACCCGCCUUGUGCCCGUUUAAAAACAGCGGGCAGAACUUUUAUGGUAUCUUAUUACUGUUAAGGCCCGGUUUUAGCCCGGUAGGGUCACAGAUUUUCGAAAUAAAAACAGCUGGGAAAUCUGUUCCGCCCGUUUUUCACCCGUUUUUGCCCAACUGAGGCUCGAAUAUCCAUAAAUAGGGCCAUCAUGAGCCAAUAUGACAUUUUUUCAGCUCUCCAAGUUGUGCGGCGGCGAUUCGAGCAAAUGUGAGGUCAAAAAUCUGCCGAGCGGCAAAAAGUACAUGAGAAUCAUCCACGGGGAUCACUACCUUCAGAAUCCCCAGUGA